AUGGGAUUUUUGUAUCAGGUGCUUAAGGAUGUCCAAAAAAACAAAAACCUCGUAAAAUAUUUUUACACUCUAUCUGAAGCAAUUAGAAAGCUGAAAACAGCGGAAGGUAAAGCCGGCCUUCGAGGUGUUGUUGGCACUGUCUCCAGGGGCAUUAGUUACCAUGUUGAUGGGUUUACUGGGCACAGUGACGGUUUGAAAAAAGAGUUAGAAAAGCUCAAUAAUCAACAUAUUGAGCCGUUUAACAAUGUUAUUGGUGAGCUUAAGACUGCCGAUGUAGGUAAAGAAUUUGAAGUUGCUGGUAGGUUGCACCUAUGCAUUCAGGCGGCUCAGCAGUUUCCCGAGCAGAUGAACAGGGUAGAAGAGAAAUUUUCAACGCUCGAUGAGAACUUAAAAAACAAGUUAAAGGACGAUUACAAUGCUAUAGAUAUUAAUGUUAACAAAUUUGUCGCAUCGGCAACUAACUCAGAACUUCACGCGCUUUUGACCUUGGCGGAAAAUAAGUUUGAUGACUUGAGAAAUGAUAUCACACUUACUGCAGGAGACGCCAUAGUGAAAGCUGGAGAGCUAAGAAAGGAUUGUGGGAAGCAGAUUGAUGAGAAAAUUAAAUUCGUGGAGGGAAAAGUACAAGAGGCCAUUACGGCGUUGAAGUCAUGGAUUGAGACGGCAGGAGGCGUUGUGGAUGAAGCUAUAAAAAUUGCUGAGAAAGUCCAUAAAGCGUUGGAUGCUUCUAAAAAAGCUGAUAAUACGCUGGGAGGUGAAGUAAUGAAAAUUGAAGUCUCAAAUCAAUUCAUUACCAGUGCAAAUGAAGAACUUGGCAAAACUGUUGCGCGUUUACAGGAUUGCAUUGAGGGAGCAGAACGAUUCCGUGCCGAAGCUGAGAAGAAGGCUAUGGAGGCACUGGAAAUCGUGAAUGGCAGUACAUACGGUGGAGAUAGACGUAAGGAGAAGAUUAAAAGCGCUGCCAGGUCAUUGCAGUCGAAAACAAUUACGCUUAAGAAGUGUUAUGAGUCUGCAAGGAUUGCCGUUCAGGAUGCGAAAAAUGCUGCACUGCUGACGCUUAAUGAUCUUGAUUCAAAGAUUAAAGAUGAUCUGGAUGCUUUGAGAGGCAAUAUUGCGAGGAGUUUAAAGAAGCAUGUUAGGGAUGCUAUCCUCACUCCCAUUAAAGGGGACGUUACUAAGAUUGUUAGUGGUGAGGUUGGCGGUAACAAUGGUAUGAAAUUAACCGAAGAAGCAGUGAAAGAGUAUGCAAAGAAGUUUACUCAUGAUAAGUUUGGCGAUAAGGUUUUGAAGGGAUGGGUUGCCGGCAUUAUUAUGGAAGAUGCUGUGGUGCGGAAUAGGCUGACAAGUUAUGUUAAGGAAAAUAGUAGCAUUUUCAAGGGUGAUGUGGAUUCAUAUCUGAAUGGCAAAGAUCUCACAUUGCAUGAAACGAUGCAGAAAGCAAUUAAAAAAGUGCUUCAGGCAGAUGUCAUAAAAAAUGCCAUGGGUGGUUUCACAGACGGACGAGAUACGGUUGAAUCAGAUUUGCAAGCUAUGAAGGAUGUCUGCCUUAAAUUUGCAACUUUACUUGGGGAAAAGGUUAGGGAGAUUGCGCAACUUAGAUUGCUGGCUGAGGCUAUAGUUCAGGCCAUUGAAAGCCGCGAUGGUUUGCAUUCGCCUAGCGCUGGAUUCUCUCAAUCUGAUCUUAAAGCAGCCUCCGAAUAUAUACUCCAGAGACUCGUUAGUAGAGCUAACCACGCUGCUGCAGAUAUCGAUUGGCUCAUUCUAGAAACGGUGGGCACCGAAAAACCAACCAGCAUCGUAAAAGAGUUACAUACUGCUACGAAGACAGCUGAGGCGCUUUCCGGAAAAAUUUUGCAGGGUCUUCUUCCAGGCGGUGGCAUCGGGUCAUUUGCCAAUCAGGUUGAGGCAAUCGAAGAACAGGUUACGACGCCGUUCAACGAUGCGCAUACACGACCUACGAAUGUUCAGAGUCUCAUGAUAAAUUACAAAGGAAAAGCUGGCAUUGGAAAUGAGGGCAGCGGUAAAGCAAAACUGAACGACCAGAUUGAGGAUAUUUUUAAGAAGAUGGAGGAACUUAAAGUGACCGAUUUCAGAAAAUAUAGUGGAGAUCCCAGUGUCACUGUUGACAGAGAAAUUGCCGACUUGCACAGCGCCGUUACGACAGCGCUUGAUGAGUUCACUGAUGCGCUCAAGAAAUUAUUGAAAACUGAAGACCUUCAUGAUAUACCAAAUGAAGGCGUACUCGACAAAUUGAGAUGCCUGGGAGCAAAGAUUGGAAAGGAUAUUACAGAUGACAGAUGCCUUGAUGGGAUUAAAGAGAAAAUAAGCGGUAUGCAAAAAAGUAGUCUUCCCAAAACCAGUAAUAUAACCGAAAGCAUCCAAUCAAUUAGACGACAGCUUCAAAACCUUCAAAGCGAAUUAAAGCUCACAGGAGGUCAGAGGAAUGACGUCAUAAACAGAUUGACAGAUCUAAGAGACAAUGGCAUUUUCGGUGAUCAAGAUGUCUGGGAAGGCACAUCCGCUAAAGGUCUUAAGAAGAUUCAUACUUACGUGCUUGAUUUGAACGUCACACAUUUAAAAAAUUUAAGAAACCAUGUUGACACCAUUCUCAAUGAAGCCGAGCAACAAGCAGUGGACUACAUCACCAAGACUCAAAAGGAAUUUGAGGAGAAAAUCACGGCAGCUGAGAAGGCUGUGAGGACGAAGAUACAGACGAAAUACCUUGAAAAAAUUGAUGCGCUGUACGAGAUGUUGAAAUCCACGUUCGCCACCCACAACCAAAAUAUAAUCACUACGAUUACAACCGACGAAGACUCCGGCAUCAAGGGUUUGAUGAAACGAAUGUACUGGCAUUCAAAUAUGUUUUCCCAAAUUCCACGUGACAAUGAUCUCGCAUCAAUGUCCUUCAAUCUCAACAAGUUCCUCACCCCGCUCAUGGAUUAUAUCAAAGGCCAAGUCUCCGGCGACAGCGCACUCAAAAGCGACGUCCGGUCAAUCUCCCUUCUUUCCCAUACGCUCCUCGACGACCUCUACGCUUCGAAGCAAUUUGACCACACUUUCAGUAGAAACUUAGGAAACCUUACAACCAAAUUAACGUCAUUCGCACCUAAGCAAUUUCAGAACACCCACCAUCCCGAGUUGGGAGACAUACUGAAACAUGGAAUGACCGGUUUCGUCACCGAGUUGCAGAAGCAGUACAUAUCGCGGUAUUCGAUGGAAACGUUCAAAGAUGCGUUGACUACAACCAAGGACGCAAAAGUCACAUUAACCGAGUACGGCCGGAAGUGCGCCAAAGUAUGUCUGAGCAUAGUGCCUAUGGUGACCGACUCACUAAGUGAGCUCAAAGAGAAGCUUGACAACGAAGACGGGAAGUGGAAGAAGUACAACAUAUAUAAUAAAGAUGCAUCCCAUCACAGCCUCCAUCGGCUGUUCUUCUCUGAGCACGGUUACGAUCCUGGUCUGCCGGUCGGCUCUAAACAUGGCGAGUUGAAUCACCGGACGGAGUGCGAUGGUGGACGUAUUUUGGAUCAUCUUAAUAACCAAACAUAUAAGUUAUUCGUUACUAGUACAAAGUCACAUCCUGCUCUUCGCUCCGAUUCCGAUGACAUAUCCGUCGUGGAGGUUGAGGAGGGAGGUCGACUCUCUGACCUAUUUAGUUACCUCUACGAUUACUUCGCCGUCUGCCACCUCGGCGCUCCCUCAAAGAGACACCCGUGCUCCGUUAACGAGAUGCUGUGCUGGCUGACCGGUCUCCCGCACAAUGGUGUUUACGGGAAGCUGAAGGGGCACGUUAAAUCGUUGUUCGAAGUGGCUGAUAAAAUCGAUCCGUCCAUCAAAAAAGUUGUGUCCAUUGACGCAUCUCCCCAUCGCAUUACACAUGACGAUGUCAAUAUCGCCAUCAAAGAAAUUUGCGAAACCUCGUACGCCCUGCUGACCACCUUCGUCGGCACCGGUGACGAGGCAACGUACUACGCGUGCGAGUUCCCUAACAACUCCCUUGGUUUGCAGUAUCCAUCGAACCCUGCCGACUGCCUCGACACGUUGCUGGACAUACUCCGUCGCAUUUUCCCGCCGCUGAAAUUCCUGUUCAUGCAGUGCGGUCAACCAGCGUCCGAAAAUGGUUGGUUGAAGUGCCUGUACGGUAAGAAUGUAGCGUCAUCCAAGUGGCCGUGCAAGGAGCACUCAAAGGGCAAAGCUAGGUGCGAACCAAAGUGUCAACCAACGUGCGGACCUAAGUGCCAACCAAAUUGCCGGCCAACGUCUCCACUUCAGUCUUACCUAUCCGACUCCCUUACCGGCCAUCUGCCACAUUCUGUAACGUCCAUCGGCUGCAGAGCUGAGUGUAAUACAUGUCCUAAGGGCAAGCCAGGAAUGCCCUGUAUCACUCCGCUCGGCUUCCGGGGCUUCUCCGGGUCGACCAAGACAGGCUCCUACCUGUCCGCCGUCAUCGGGGAAUUCUUAGGUAUCGCAAAUAUUCAUACCCUGUUUGGCCUAUCACCUACAACACCAAAAACGCUGCCGGAACACUUUGACUUCGUUUCGUGUCUUGUGCGUGGUUGGAUUGAUUUAUCAAACAGCGUAGGUAAAAGUGAUGUUCAAUAUGCUUUCGAAGCGUCCGCUGAAAGCCUGUCUAUCCAACUAUAUGAUAAACCUAACGAACUCACAGAUGCACUUCGUGACGCGUACGGUUCUGAGUCCUCUAAUCAUCGCAGCUGUGAGCAUCACCAUCUGCUGCAUCUCACAUCGUUCGACACAUGUAAGGGAAGCAAGAAACACUGCGCUCCGUAUAUCUCGCCACUCAGCAGAAACGCAUACACAUGUCUGCCAUUUAAGAACUCCAAUACGUACCUCUCCUGGGCCAUCUACCUCCCAUGGACAUUCUGGGAUCUGCUCAACAAUCUCUACAACGCCUUCUGCUCCAUCAACUGCCAGGACUGGGGAUGCCGUGGAUGUCUGAGGGGGGAUUCGUGCAAGAAGGGGGAGCAUGGUGUUGUUGAUAAAGAGAAGCCAUCUGCUGAUUGCCAAUGCCCUUCUAUCGUCGACUGCAAAGGUGUCGCACCAACGCUCUACCAGUAUGGAUUUGUAUUCGGCGAAGCGUCGACGCUGAAUGACAGUCAAUCGCCGAAGAAGUGCUCUGAUUUCUGUAGUCAGUUGAAGAAUGUUUUGAAUUCGCAAUAUUUCCAAAAGUUGUUCGAAGAGUGUGACAACUUCCUAUAUUAUAUCCGAUUCCCCUUCAUGUCACUAACUCUAGCCCUCUGGCUCCUCUCCUUCCUCUACCUCCUCUACAUCAUGGUCAUCCGCCUAGACCUCCUCUACAUCAUGGUCAUCCGCCUAGACCUCCUCCACAUCAAAUCGCAUCUGCACUCACCAUCAUCGCAUCGUAUCGCUGCUCAGUCACUACUCGCCGCUGCUCGUGUUAACAAGCUUAACAGAGUGUUUUACCUGCAACCAUAA